CAAAAACCUUUCUCUUGGAAACAUAUUGAUGGGAAUGGCCAGAAUGAAAAAAGUAGGUCGAUUCAUAAUUUUGGCAUAACAUUACAUUUUUAUUUCCCCCUCUUAUGUACAGAGUUGCUGGGGAAGUAUUUGCAGUGAGCCUAGGCCAAGGUGGGCCGCCUCCACGCUUUCUUCAAGAGUGGUGUUACCAGUAUUUGGUGACUGGGACACUGAAGGACAUCACAAAAGAAAACGUGUAUGAUGCAGAGUUGUCCACAUUAAUCGAAAAGAUUGAAAAUGCAACUGAUGUGACACAGUACACAGAGGAAAUCCUCAACUGUGGAUACACUGGCCCCAUCACAUUGGAGCAUCAAGACAGUAUUGUAAGAGCUGUUUUGCUACAUGCCACCACGAAGCGUACACCAAUGCUUCAACAACUGCGAGAAGGCCUUGAACUCUACCAACUGCUGUCAGUUAUGCAAAGGAAACCCAAGGAAUGUCGGGAUCUUUUUGUGAUUGGGGAUGAUGACAAGGUUGAUUCACAUUACAUCAUCUCCAGCCUGGCUCCAGUGAUGAGUGAUACUGGAUCGCUAAAACACAAGACAGAGGCACAGAUACUGGAGUUCUUUCAAGAUUUCCUUCUCGCCCUGGAGGAUGGGGAUGCCAGUCAGCCUGAGGAAGAAGACAAUGGAUCACCUCUCUCUGUUCCUCGAGUGAUGCAAUGGCUGACGGGGCAGGCUCACAGACACCUGCUGGUUUCAGAAAGGCAGAAUUUUAAAAUUAAAGUUCUUUUUGAUCACAGUUGUCUUGAACGCAUGCCAAAGCACACAGUGUGCUACCCUGUUGUGAGUGCAUGCAGCACCACAAUAACAUUUCCCACAGUCCAUCUGAAAGACAGCGAAGCAUUUAACUCCAACCUUGAAAUUGCAAUUCGAUAUGGUUCCAGGUUUGAUAGGGUUUAACUUUUGUUUUACUAAAGCUGAUGUGUUAAGUUAGUUAAUUUUAGUUCGACCCUGAUCCUCUUAAACUAUUAGUAAUCAACACUACUGCAAAAUGUCUCAUGUUGUCUGCUGGGUGUUCUGUUAUUUUCUUGCAACCAAGUAUUUUUUUUUUCAUAAUAUUUGCUAACAUGGUCUUGCAUAUAGAAAGGUUCUGAGAUAUACUGUACAAUUAAUGGUAUACCAGCAUUGACACCCCCUCCUCCUCUGAAGAAAAAUUUAACAUGACAGGAUCAUUUCAAUUGGCAACAUGCUCAAAAGCUGUUUUGUCUCAUGAGUGUUAUACACUAGUCUCAAAUUUAUACAAAGCAAAAUUGAAAAACAUUUCCUUUUUUGGCAUUUCUGCUUGUUUCCCAGAUAAGGAUGGGUAUGGCAUUUGCUAUUAAGUGUUGACCGCUCCAGAAAGUGUCAGAGGUGUUACAAAUUGUGUUGAAGUUAUAGUCGUUUGUUACUAUAAUAAUUGUUAAUUAUUAUUAUUAUUAGAAUUUGAUCCUAUGAUGAUAAUGUAUUUUAUUGUCAUAUGAAAAUCUGUUUUAAACAUUGGUAUUCAUACAGGGUUUUUACACUCAAGCAGGUCCCAAACUUAAUUGAUUAGAAUAUUCAAAUGUUCCUAUAUGGCAGCCGGGCGAUUCAGGUUCUACUGUUAAGUCAUUAUUAUUCUGUAUUUUGCCCCAACAGUGAAAUAAUGUUGAAUUAAAGAGUAAGUUCUCUUCAGUA